GAGGACCAAAGAGUAUAUUCCUUCUCCUGCUCAACGAAGAACGGCUUGACUAAACCAUUUUACGUCUUCUACAACGUUCACGCUUUUAUUUCCUUUGUCUGUCUGUUUUAGAAUCUAUUCCAUUUUCUUGUGCCAGCUAAUUACGCUCAAGUCUGAGAUAGCAGCGGAUUAUGUUCAAAGAAAUUAGAGGUACCAUUUCUUGUUGAAAAACAUCAAUUUCUAAUCUUGUGAAGACUUGAAAGGUGUACAACUUAAAUUCUGUGGUUAUACACUGGUUGUCCAUCUUUAACACUUAGACCUGAUGACUGAAUGGAGAAAAGACGGCACAUUGCAAUUUUUACAACUGCAUGUCUUCCAUGGUUGACUGGAACUGCAGUCAACCCUCUUUUUCGCGCUGCAUAUCUUGCAAAGGAUGGAGAUAGAAAGGUUACUUUGGUGGUUCCCUGGUUGUCUUUGAAACACCAAAAGCUAGUAUAUCCCAGCAACACCACAUUCAGUUCACAUUCAGAGCAAGAAGCAUAUGUGCGCCAGUGGCUUGAGGAGAGAACUGCAUUCUUCUCUGGUUUCAAUAUAUGCUUUUAUCCUGCAAAGUUUGCUGUAGAUAAAAGAAGCAUUCUUCCUGUAGGAGAUAUCUCUGAAGUCAUCCCCGAUGAAGAGGCAGACAUUGCCAUCCUUGAAGAGCCAGAGCAUCUAACAUGGUUUCAUCAUGGAAAGAGAUGGAAAACUAAAUUCUGCCUGGUGGUAGGAAUUGUGCAUACAAAUUAUCUGGAAUAUGUAAAGAGAGAGAAGAAUGGACGAAUGAAAGCAUUUAUGCUUAAGCAUCUUAAUAGCUGGGUUGUUGGUAUAUAUUGUCACAAGGUAAUUAGAUUGUCUGCUGCCACCCAGGAUUAUCCAAAUUCCAUUAUCUGCAACGUUCAUGGAGUGAAUCCCAAGUUCCUUGAUAUUGGCAAGAAAAAGUUAGAGGAACAGAAAAGAGGGAGCCAGGCAUUUUCUAAAGGCGCUUACUACAUUGGGAAAAUGUUGUGGAGCAAAGGUUACAAGGAGCUUCUUACUCUUCUUCAUGAUCACCAAAAGGAGCUGGCUGGACUUGAGGUUGAUUUAUAUGGCAGUGGAGAAGAUUAUGAUCAAGUUCAGAAAGCUGCAAAAGAAUUGCAACUAGUAGUUAGAGUGAACCCUGGGCGUGAUCAUGCAGAUCCUGUGUUCCAUGAUUAUAAAGUGUUCCUGAAUCCAAGCACUACAGAUGUACUCUGUACGACCACAGCUGAAGCUUUAGCAAUGGGAAAAAUUGUAGUGUGUGCCAACCACCCCUCGAAUGACUUCUUCAAGCAGUUUCCAAACUGCCGUACUUAUGAUAACAGGAAUGAAUUUGUGGAGGCCACUCAUAGGGCAUUGACCGAGCAACCAGCUGAGUUGACUGAUGCCCAGAGAUAUGAACUGUCAUGGGAAGCUGCCACUGAACGAUUUCUGAGAAUCGCUGAGUUGGACCAAGCAUCUGUAAGCAAACCAGGAAAAAGUACUGCAGACAACCUUGCUUCCACAUCUCUCAGUCUAAGAAGGAACAUGGAAGAUGCAUCAGCAUAUGUGCAUUAUGUGGCUUCUGGUUUUGAAGCAUCAAGAAGAGCUUUUGGUGCAAUUCCAGGGAGUCUGCAACCAGAUGAAGAGCAAUGUAAGGAACUUGGCCUCGCUAUCUAUGCUCAAAAAUGAGGCUCAAGAAAUGGAUCUCAUGGUUUGUGGAUGAUCAAGGUAAUUAAAGUUAGGGCAAAAGGGUGUAUGUAAAAGAUUUUUUUUCUUUUCUUCCCACUUUUUUCCCAAACUCAAACAUGGGGAAAACUGUAUACGAAGUAUCAAGUAUGUAUCUAAGAAUGAAGUCUGAGGUAGGGGCAGCAAAAUUAUUUGUUUUUGUUUAUAGAUUGUUUGGUGUCUCUAAAUUUAUGAAUUUCUGUAAUAUUCCUUUGUUAGAAUCCUGAUAUUAUUAAGGCAAAGGGACUUGUAUGGUGGGUUCAUAUUAAUAUACUGUCAGAACGAUCCUGGAUUUUGGGUUA